CUAACCUCACAUUUCCCCUUCACUCCAGUUUCAUUGUCGCCGUCGAGAAGGAGGAGCCAUGGGAAGGGUUAUCCGGGCGCAGCGUAAGGGAGCGGGGUCCGUCUUCAAAUCCCACACCCACCACCGCAAGGGUCCGGCGAGGUUCCGGAGUCUCGAUUUCGGUGAGAGAAAUGGUUACCUGAAAGGAGUGGUCACCGACGUCAUCCACGACCCUGGUCGCGGUGCUCCUCUUGCCAAGGUCACUUUCCGCCACCCUUUCAGGUACAAGAAGCAAACCGAGCUUUUCGUUGCUGCUGAAGGUAUGUACACUGGUCAAUUCAUCUUCUGUGGGAAGAAGGCUACUCUUGUUGUUGGCAAUGUCUUGCCCAUCAGAUCCAUCCCUGAAGGAGCUGUUAUCUGUAACGUUGAGCACCAUGUUGGUGACCGUGGCGCUUUUGCUAGGUGCUCCGGUGACUAUGCUAUUGUUAUCAGCCACAACCCUGAUAACGACACCUCUAGGAUUAAGCUUCCAUCUGGGGCAAAGAAGAUUGUUCCAAGUGGGUGCAGGGCCAUGAUUGGGCAAGUAGCAGGUGGAGGAAGAACUGAGAAGCCCCUUCUUAAGGCUGGUAAUGCUUACCAUAAGUUUAGGGUGAAGAGGAACUGCUGGCCCAAGGUUCGCGGUGUGGCUAUGAAUCCAGUUGAGCAUCCUCAUGGUGGUGGUAACCACCAGCAUAUUGGUCAUGCUAGCACCGUCAGGCGUGAUGCGCCUCCUGGACAGAAGGUUGGUCUCAUUGCUGCCAAGAGGACUGGUCGUCUCAGAGGACAAGCUGCUGCAACUGCUGCUAAGGCUGAUAAGACCACUUAAGGGAUUGUUAGGCUUUUCAUUUGAUUGCAAAUUUUCAAAAUUUUGUUUCUUUUACAAUUUGGGUUAGAACUUCGUGGGUACUGUUUUGAGAUUUGUUUUCCUGAUAAUUAUGAAGUUUUUAAUUGGACAUCAUUUUAUAUGUGGUAUGAUCUAUCUAAUGUUUCAGUUUAUCUA